ACAUCACAAAGUGAUCGAAUACACAUUAAAAGUGAAUUUGUUCAGUUGUUUUGUGCAAAGUUCUAAAUAAUCGCCAUGUUUUCUCGAGGAAUUAUAAUAAUCAUUUUCAUAUUGAGUUGCAGUGGAGCGAAAUUUCCUUCGACAAUAUCACGAUGUCAAUAUGAAGACUCAAAUUGUAUGACUCAAGUGGCCCAGAAAGUCAUUUCAGAACACUACAAUGGAUUGCCAUCCCUAAAUCUGGUUCCUCUGGAUCCUGUUACCAUAAAAACCAUAAGUAUUGAGAAUUCUGGGAACAGAGCUGUCAACAUAAGACUGGUUUUCAACAAUGUUACCCUUCAUGGCUUGAAAAAUAUCGCAAUUCAGAGAAUAACCGGUUUCUCGAAACAGUAUGAAGGAUCGAAGAAUGAAAUUGAAUUUGUGGCGCCAAUAAUUCAAUUGGUUGGACAAUAUCAAAUCAGUGGGAAAGUCUUAAUUUUACCCAUUCAAGGAAAUGGCCAAAGCAACUUCACCUUAGAAAACGUUAAAAUCCGUGUAAAAUUCACCGGUAAGAAGGUCACGAAGAACCAAAAUGACUACUUCCAGACCAACGACAUCAAAAUCUCAAUGACAACCUCCAAACUCUGGAUUCAUUUUGAUAAUCUCUACAAUGGCGAUAAACUCUUAGGGGACACUACAAAUACCUUCCUGAAUGAGAACUGGAUGGAUAUUUUUAACGAAUUGAAGCCAGACAUAUCCAAAGCUUAUGCAGCAGCCAUUCAAACAAUCAUCAACAAUGUCUUCGCCAAAUUGCCAUACAGAGAAUACUUUGUCGAAUAACUUCACUAACUUUACUCACGAAUGAAUUAUUCAUUUGAAUUUUUAUUUCAUUGUGAAAAGAUGUUAUCUUAUUACUAUUAUCAUUAAAGUGGCUCUGCGUUUAACAACAAUAUUUUGACAAAGUAAACAGAUUUUAUAAGUGAUUUCUGGAAAUUAAUCUCAAUCGGAAAGAUAUUUGCAUUACAAAACGAAACUGUAUCUUCUCGAAGUCAAUUACCUUACUCAAUCUUAUACUGUGUCAAUCAAUUGAUAGAUGAUAACAGUAAUAAUACAAUAUAAUCGUUGAUUUUAUGUGCAUAUAUGAAAGGUUUCCCAGAUAUGUUGAGUUGAAAAUAUAUUUAAUACACUGCACACAA